AUGGGAUUCUUAUUACCUCUCAUCCUACAUUUCCUGGCCCUGGUAGCCAUCGUGAGCGCAUACGAUGACCCAUUGGUACAGCUCAACUAUGGCAACUUCCAGGGAAAAUACGACACAACCUACAACCUCUCGUACUUUCGCAAGAUUCCAUUUGCAGCGCCCCCAACAGGACAAAACCGCUUCCGUGGACCCCAGCCGCCUCUCAAAAUCAACGAAAGCGUCUAUGACACAGAUCAGACCUUCGACAUGUGCCCUCAGCGCACGGUCAACGGCUCCGAAGACUGUUUAUACCUGGGCCUCUUCUCUCGUCCAUGGGAUUCCUCACAGGAUGUGAAAAGGCCUGUUCUUGUCGUGUUCUACGGAGGCGCAUUCAUCGAAGGCGAUGCACUUUUUGGCAUCCCGCCUAAUUCAUACCCUGUUCUCAACGCAAGCACUCUGAAUGAUUACGUGGUGAUUUAUCCCAACUACCGCACGAAUGCAUUUGGAUUCCUACCCGGCAAAGCGAUCAAAGAAUCCUCCACCUCGGAUCUCAAUCCGGGCUUGUUAGAUCAGCAAUAUGUGCUGAAGUGGGUGCAGAGCCACAUCGACCAGUUUGGCGGGAACCCGAAGAAUGUGAGCAUCUGGGGCCAAUCUGCUGGUGGAGGCUCUGUUGUGGCUCAGAUUCUAGCAAAUGGACGUAAUGGGCAACCGAAACUCUUUUCAAAGGCCAUCGCUAGCUCUCCUUUCUGGCCAAAGUCUUACACUUAUGAUGCGCCCCAGGCUGAGGCCAUUUACAACCAGUUGGCUAAUUUGACCGGUUGUGCUGGAUACAAUAAUGGCCAUCAGACGCUGGCUUGCUUGAAAUCGGCUGAUGUGCAAGCUAUUCGGGAUGCGAGUCUCAUCAUCGAUGCUGAUAAUACAUACACUACCAGCUCGUAUACGUGGGCCCCCGUUAUCGAUGGCGAGUUUCUGGCUGAUACUUUAACGGAGGCUGUAGACAAGAGUGAUUUGCAAACCGAGUUUAUCUGGGGAAUGUACAACACCCACGAAGGACAGAAUUUCAUCCCGUCAGGAUUAGCUGAUGCUGCUUUAACGGGCGGAUAUAACUCAUCUGAGGAGAGCUUUCACCAGUGGUUAACCGGAUUUCUACCUGGCUUGUCGGCGAAGCAGGUUGAGGCUGUGGAGGAUACUUAUUAUCCAGUCGAUGGCAGCUCCGAGACGAUCACUGAGUAUAAUACUACUUAUAUUCGCGCCGGGCUCAUCUACCGAGAUGUGGUGCUCUCCUGUCCGGCAUACUGGGUAGCCUCGGCGGCACCGGGGAAGGGAUACGUUGGUGAAUAUUCGAUUUCCCCGGCAACACACGGGAGUGAUGCUAUCUAUUGGGACACUGUCAAUGCAGUCCAAGAGACCAACCGUGUCGUCUAUCUAGGUUACGCGGGCGCAUUCGCUAGUUUCUUCCAGACAGGUGAUCCGAACGCGCACAAAUUGACUAAUUCCUCUGAGCCCGGUGUACCAGAGCUGCAGAAAACAGGGGAAGAAUUUGUCAUUGUUGAUCAUGGAUUCGAGAACGUUCGUUUGGUUCAACUGAAGAAAAGAUGCGACUUUUGGCGCAGUAUAGGAAAGAACAUCCCAAUUUGA